UAUCUUUAGAAUAAAACCAGUCACCUAAUUUGCUCAUAUACACAGAGAUGAUAAUGGUAUAAUUAAAAUUCAUUUCAAUUUUAUUUACGUAACACCAAAAAACACAACAGCAGUCAUCGUAAGGCAUUCUAUAUUCAAAGGUAGAUACCCUACAAUAAUACAAAAAAUACAACAACACAAUGAUACAGAGAAAACAAUCAGAUGACUCACUUUGAACAUGAACGUGGCAACAGCGGUUUCUUCCGCUUUAACAGGAAGUAACCUCCGGCAGAACCAGGCUCAGGGAGGGGCAGAUGUCUGCUGAAUAACUUGACUUAAUCACAUAGUUUAUAAUCAAAUAAAGACUUCAAACUUCCUACACGGCAUCCACGAUAAAAUCCUAGAUGUCUUUUCAUUUUGGUCAACACCUACUAAAGCUGGAAACUAUCACAGCUGUCACAGGGCAAAGGGGGUAUAUUCUAGACAGGUAUGGUCAAUUUACCAUUGGACUGUGGGAGAAAGCUAGAUUAUCAGGGGAAACCAUGAACCCCUACCAGCCAGUGAAUUCAAACCCAGCAACUUCUUGCUUUGAAGCAAGAGUCCUAACCACUGGACCACCAUGAUGCCCGGUGUCCUCAAACAAUGAUCUUAAAUAUCAAAAUUUCCCUUUGGAGUCUCUCCUUCUCAAGAGAGAAUUUCUGUUUUUAUCCAAAUAAAAGGAUGAAAGGAAAACUGCCUGAUAGAAAACCUUUCUGCCUGUGAAUGGUGUAAACUGUAAAUUUGUAGCACCAUCUAGACUGAUAGUUGUAGAUCAUUUUGUUUCUCAGCUGUUGUUUUAUGAGAUCUUUUAGUCUAUUUCAUUUUGUCAUUUAACUUGAUUCAGUGCUUCUGCCAGUAAUCAGGCUGUGGCUAGUGGAACUGAACUUUACAAAAAAAUGUAGUUAACCCCGGUAAUUCAUGAUUUAAUAGGGCCAGGUAGGUUUGGUUCUUUUUCUCUUAAAAAAAGAAAUAAAAAAUAUAAAAUAUUGUGUUUAUCUGGAUUAUCUUUGUCUAAUAUUAAAAUCUGUUUGACGAUCUGGCAUGUGAUUAAAUGGGAAGGGGGUGAACGCAGCACUGUAAGUGAACCAAAAACUCAUGCUUCACAUUACUUGAGUAGUAAAUACUGUAUCAUUUGAGCAAGCUGAGUCAUUACACUUUCUCACCACGAGCUAUCUAAAAUACAGGCAAACGGGCAUUAUACUUCAAAAGUAUACAAAACUCAGUGUUCAUUACCAAGAGUCAAGGACUUUGCUCUUAGGUAAUGAAAAACACCCAAACUCUCCUUAACUUGAUGAAUUUGCUUUUUUUCUUUCCGCGAUUCUUGUCCUUGCUGCUUUUCUCUAAAAAGCCAGAUGGGGGCGAUGUAGUCCAAGCUGUAAGAAAUCCUCCCCCCGAGAUAUCCCACCUCCACACUAACUUUGCAGGCUGUGUCCCAGCACAGGUUUCAUGUUCUGCACAACCUCCCGCUUCAAACUAUAUGCACAAGCUCAUAUAAAAUCCAUGCUUUUCAUGGUUUGCUUAUCCUACAUGUUCAUUUCAUUGGACAAUGUUGUUGGUGGGGCAAAUCUGGGAUUCUUUUCCUCUGUUGCUACCCCUUCUCUUUGUUUAGGGUAUAUCGUGCUACUCAUUUUAGCGAUUUAUAACCAAUUAUCUAAUUAUUUUAUCUAUAUAAGCCAUAACUAAUGAUAAAUACAGAUCCAAGCAUGGGAUGCAAAAGUAGUGCCAUCAAAAUGCUCAUCUUGUCCAGAUAACAAUCAAAAAACCUCCGUUUGUUUUACAGUUAUCAAAGAUUAAAAGCUUAAAGUGAAACGUUGUCAAAGAUUUUCCUGAUUUUUAUCAGGUUACUGACGCAGCAGCACACAAAUUCUUCACAACGUUCGCAACUUUGCAAGCCACUGAUCUCCCUAAAUUAAAACCAAGCAACUGAAAAUGUAUGCAUGCAAAGUGAACUGUUCAUGAACUAGCCCAUCUUUCAACUACAUCCUCAAAUUACAUUAGGAAUUAAUGGUUUUUAGCUUUACAAGGAAGAAGAAAAGCUGCUGUGAGAAAACUUCACUGGCUUAUAGCUGUGAGGAAGAUAACUUUGCAGUACAAAAUCAAAACACCAUUACCAUAAUCGAUUAUAUGUUCAACUACUGGAAAAUAAAAGAAGAAGCAAAGAGAAAAGCUUCAUAUAGCUUUUCGUGGAGCUUUUUAUACCUUAGAAAGCUCUCCUGGGGUAGUGGGCGAGAGGAAAGGAUAAGCACCCGCCUGUUAUCGCUCUCUCUCUCUCUCUCUCAGAGUAAAUAAAGGUGGAUGUGUAGACAGAAGUUAUGACAAACCACGGGGGAGAAGGACGGAAGGGCUGAUCAGACUACAGGAUGGAAAAUGGGUGGAAUUACAAUGAAGGGAAACAACUGAGUAAAUUCGCACUUUUGUCUCUGAUCUCUACGAUUUUCACGUGUGAAAACACAAUGUUUGCAUUGUUUCACACUCAGUAGUUUUUGUUUGGUAAUUUUUUUCAGCACAGAUUUUGUGAAAACUACAGGGGGAAGAGAACAUUAUACUAAAAACUACCCCACAUCAGAUUCAGAGGGGACAUUUGACUCAUAAGAGAUCCCAGCACCUGACCUUCUGUAUGCUGAAAUUGUCAGAAAAUAGCCUUUCUCUGCCUCUUUCCAGCACAAACAUACCAAAUCUGUUAGGUGGUGAAUCCACGUGGACCUAGCAGAGCUCACCAGGAGGAAUGGAAAAGUUAGUGCUGAUGGUGUGGAUGAUACUGGUUAUAUAGGUUAUAUACGUGUAGGGCUAUGUGAAGAUCAGUGCAGGGGUGGAGUGGUUUGUCAAAAUUGCAGUCAUCUCCCUUCAGCUCCUCUGCCUGUAUCUGUAUCUGGGGCGUGUACUGCCUUGAAAAAAAACUCACAAGCUUGCAACUCCUGCAGCUCCAGCGAGCCAGUCCGGAUUUUUACCCAGUUAGGGGACACUGAUCACCAUCAGCACCAUCAGCAGCAGCACCCUCUCUCUCUCUCCUUCAAACACCCCCACAGUCUCUUUCCCUCCCUCUGUCCGUCUGUCUAUCCCUCUCUAUAAGACCAGCAUCUCCUUUCUUUGCUCCUCUUGUCAAGCUGCAAUCAUGUCCUCAAACGGCGCUGACGGGGACCUGCUGCAGAUCCCUCUGGGCCUCAUCAACAGCGAGGGCAAGUAUCUGACUGCGGAAACAUUCGGCUUCAAAAUCAAUGCCUCGGCCAGCAGCCUGAAGAAGAAGCAGACGUGGACCCUAGAGCAGACCGGGGAAGACGACAGCGCCGUGUUCCUCCUGUCCCACCUGGGCCGCUACCUCGCCACGGACAAAGACGGCAACGUUACCGCGGACAGCGAGACGCGCGAGCGGGACUGCCGCUUCGUCAUAACGGUGCACGAGGACGGGCGGUGGUCGUUGCAGUCCGAGCCCUACGGCCGCUUCCUCGGCGGCAGCGAGGACCGGAUCACCUGCUUUGCGCAGACCGCCUCGCCGGCGGAGAGAUGGAGCAUGCACCUGGCCGUGCACCCGCAGGUCAACCUCUACAGCUUCGCCCGCAAGCGCUUCGCCCACCUGAGCGCCCGGGAGGAGGUGUCAAUAGAUCGGGAUGUCCCCUGGGGGGUCGACUCGCUUGUGACCCUGGUGUACCGCGAUCAGCGCUACCACCUCGAGACUUCUGACAACCGCUUUUUGCGCAACGACGGCAGCCUGUCCACCAAAACGGACAAGGAUACCGGUUACAUGCUGGAAUUCCACUCCGGGAAAGUGGCAUUCCGCGACUGUAACGGUCGCUACCUGGCCCCCGUAGGCCCCACAGGCACUAUGAAGUCUGGGAGGAGCACCCGGGUGGGAAAGGAUGAACAGUUCGGCCUGGAGCGCAGCCACGCGCAGGUCGUCCUGACUGCAGGCAACGAGAGAAACGUAUCCACGAGGCAAGGCAUGGACUUGUCAGCCAAUCAGGAUGAGGAAGGGGACCAGGAAGUCUUUCAGCUGGAGAUGAGCCGUGAGGACAGGAAGUGUGCCUUCAGGACCGCUGCUGGAAAAUACUGGACACUCACAGCUUCUGGAGGACUGCAGUGCACUGCCUCCACCAAGUCUGCCAAUAGUUACUUUGAAUUGGAGUGGCGUGAUGGCCGUGUGUGUAUCCGUGCAGCCAACGGCAAGUAUGUGACUGCUAAGAAGAACGGCCAGCUGGCUGCUACCAUUGACAGCGCAGGGGAGGCUGAACAGUUCCUGAUGAAGCUCAUCAACCGUCCAAUCAUCGUCCUCCGCGGGGAGCACGGGUUCAUCGGGGCUCGAAAAGCUGGAACGGCGACCCUAGACUCCAACCGAGCAUCCUGCGAUGUUUUUCAGCUGGAGUUCCACAAUGGUGCUUACUCCUUCAAAGACUCCCAGGGGAAGUACUGGUGUUUUGGAGAUGGCACAGCCAUUGUGUGUGGCGACUCAUCGCCUGUCCAGUUCCUGCUCGAGUUCUGUGACCUCAACAAGAUGGCCAUUCGUACUCUGAGGGGGAAGUAUCUCAAAGGGGAUCAUGCUGGAGGGCUCAAGGCGAGUGCAGACUCCCUGGAGAGCGCCACCCUCUGGGAAUAUUGAGAAAGCACAGCUGGACUUCUCCACUAUGCUUCAAACUAGAGAUAGUUACUGUAGGUAGCAGUUCUUUCUUUCUUUUGCAUAUGUGUGCGUGCCUGUGUGCGUGUGCGCAGUUCUGAAUUUGUUUGGAUGGGUGGCGGAAAACUGACGCUGACGAGAGGAACCAAAGUGCUAAAGGUAUUUUGUUUUGUUGUUUUUUUAAAAUUUCUCAGUAAUGAUCUCAUCUUACUGGUCUUUGUGCUGGAGGAUUGGAUUUACAACGACUUGCUGUUAACUGAAUGCAUUGUAGUGUGAUUGCACAGUAUUUGUUUCACUCCCAGUUAAACUUUACACAUGCCGUACCUGAUAACCAUUAGGACAGUUAUUGUUAUAAGUUGUGCCUAUCUGUGGUAACUACUGGUGUAAAUGAAUGUGUUGAAUACUAUAACCCAUAACUCGCAGUAUCUAACCUUCAAACCUUCUCCUGCUAAUUGUCCUGCUGCCUCUAUACGCUGCUUACAUCUCCUAUUCUCGUUCAAAGUGUAACGCAUAAUGCUCAUCAGAUGAAGGAAUGUUACUGAUUUACACGCGUCUGCUGUAAAUACUGCUCUUUUUUGUCACUUAAUUAUUCAAACCAUAGCAACCAUGGGAAACACACAGAGCCAGGGGCUGGCAGAUCUAAUGUGUCUUUUUUUUGCCUGCACACUCUUGGUGAAUAAAAUAAAAACAGUUGAAAGGAGCUUCGAAACUCAACCACCGAGUGAAGGAGCCGCCUUAGCACAAUAAUGACACACAACGCACUCAAACGCACAUAAAUGCACAUAAAUAAAAAUGCAUUAAUUCCAGCUGUUCUAACACAGCGCCCGAAAAUGAGCACAAUAUUACAGCGUCCUUUUUGAACUAUGUUAAAAGCACAUGUUUGUGGUGAUGAAGUGCCCGCCUUCGAUUGCGUGCUGCUGCUGCUGCUGGUGUGUAAACACAAUGGUGGAGUCAUCUCUCUGGCUGUGCCUUCCAUAGAGUAUUCUGUCUUUUCCCUUUCAUGCUCGUACAUUUCAAUCAAGUGAAAAGUCCAAUAAAGUUUACCUUCUCA